AUGACUCAUGAACUUCACCUGAGUUCCAAUACUGAAAGUUCCAAGAACAAGAGUCUUGCUCUUAAGGCUCAAGUCUCAGAGGAAUCAGAAGCUGAUGAGGAAGAAAUGGCAAUGCUAGUUAGAAAGUUCAAAAGGAUGAUGAACUACAAGAAGGCUUAUAGGAACAAGAAGUAUGCAAGUUCCAAAAACACAACCUGUUUUAAAUGUGGGUCUAAAGAUCACUUCAUCAAAGAUUGUCCAUUACCAGAUGGUGAGAAAGGAAAGACAAAGGGCAAGGAGCAAUCCAAAGAGUUAAGAAUCUAUAAGCCUUACUUCACCAAGGACAAUGUGAAGAAAGCCAUGCCGGCUGCUUGGGGAGAUUCGGAUUCAGAAGAAGAGGAAGAUCAACCGUUAGAGGAAACUGCGCAUCUAUUCUUGAUGGCAAAAACUGAUGAAAAAGCAAAACUUAAAGAACUAGAAUAUGAGGUAUGGUUUUCUCAAAAAGAACUUAGACAUUUCUCUAAAGAAAACUUAAUAUUUGUUGUUAUAGAUAUUCAAGAAGAAUUGAAAGAAUUGCAUAGAGCUAAACAACAAAGUGAUGAAGCUUUGGUAACUUUUAAAGAAAACAGUGAGUGGGUUGAUAAUAUGAAAUUUGAUAUUCAAUAUAGAUUCUUUAUUCUAUUUGAUGAUAAUAAUUAUUUGAAAGAAACUGUAGACAGGUUGAAACAUGAUAACUUAGUGUUAAAUGUGGAACUAUCCUUGAUGAAACUCUGUCUUAAUACUCCUAAUUCUGAAGUUCUUCCACUUUCUCAAUAUCUGAAUUUUGAAAAACUAAAAUCUGAUUUGGAAGAUAUAAAAGCGGAUAAGGUUCCAGUGAGAGGGAAUAAAACUUGGUACCUUGACAGUGGUUGUUCUAAGCACAUGAUUGGAGACAAAUCUAAAUUUCUCUCACUGGAUGCCUACUAUGGGGGAAAUGUGACCUUCGGUGAUAACAUGACAGGAGAUAUAGUUGCUAUUGGCAAAGUAGGAAGAUUAAGUUCCCAUGCAAUUGAUAAUUGUAUUGAGAAUGAUCCUCUAUUGUGGCACAAGAUAUUUGGCCAUGCAAGCUUUACUUUACUUGAUAAAUUGAGAUAUAAGGAACUAGUGGAAGGACUUCCUUGCAUUAAGUUCCUGUAUGACAAAGUGUGUGAUGCUUGUGUUAGAGGAAAACCGACUCGAGUUUCUUUUAAGUCUAAGAAAAUGGUAAGCACUAAAAGACCUUUGGAACUUGUUCAUAUGGAUCUAUGUGGUCCUAUGAGAAUCCAAAGCAGAAGUGGUAAGAGAUAUGUUAUGAAAGAACAGAGAAGAACUGGUAAUUCAAUGAUUUACCUCAGAUCAGAUCAUGGAACUGAAUUUGAAAAUUCAAAAUUUGAUGAAUUUUGCACUGAGCAUGGAAUGGAUCACAACUUCUCUGCCCCAAGGACCGCACAACAAAAUGGAGUGGCGGAACGCAAGAACAGAAGCCUUGAAGACAUGGCUAGAACACUGCUGAUCUCAAGCGAUUUUCCUAGGAACUUCUGCGCAGAAUCAGUGAAUACAACAUGCUAUAUUCUUAAUAGAGUAUCAGUUAGAGCCAUCACCAACAAAACUCCUUACGAGCUAAUCAAAGGGAGAAAGCCUAAUAUUUCUUACUUUAGAUCUUUUGGUUGUAAAUGCUUUGUUCAUAACAAUGGUAAAAGAAACUUAGGAAAGUUUGAUGAAAGUAGUGAUGAGGCAGUAUUCUUAGGAUAUGCCUCUAAUACAAAUGGCGAUCAAGAAAUGGAGAAUGCACAAGGAACUCCUCCUCAAGAACAGAAUCAAAAUCAGAAUGAGGAAGAUCCUGUUGAAGUUCCAACUAAGACUCAAGAACGAAUUCCUACAGAAGAACCAGUUAUUAAAGAAGAGGAAAGAUUGUAUCCAGUAAAGGACUUUACACCUAAGGAAUGGAAAUAUCAGAAGUCACAUCCUGUAGAUACAAUUAUGAGUGAUAUUCUAGAUUCUCGCCUGAUAGACGCUCUUUGCAGGAGCCUGAGGUUUUGUAUCGACCGUGGGUCGACUUGGCAGUCCCUUGGAUGA